UUGGUCGAUCUACGAGGAAUUUUAAGAGCUGUUUAAUUUACGAUGCUUUGGGGAGACAGACAACGAUGAUUUGUAAGGUCUUUUUAACGAUCAGAACUUUAAGGAGGAUUUUGUUAUAAGACCGAAACUUAAGACAGAUCUGAUCUGAUAGGGUCAGAAUGCAGGGACUGAGCACUCGUGCUCAUGCGUUUUCGGUGGAGUCUUUGGUCAAAAGUUGUGAGAAAAUAACGAAUGAAACUCAGCAGUGUAUGUCAGACAGUGAUAAAGAUACACCAUCUGUCAUCGACGAGCAGGAUAAACAAAACGACGGUAAUAUAAAAAUCACUGAGACACGAAGAAAACUCAUUAGAGCCAAACGUAAGUCUGCGAGAGAAGUGCGAGUGGAUCUUCAGGGCUCUGAUCUGUGGAGGACAUUUCAUGAAAUCGGCACGGAGAUGAUCAUCACCAAAACUGGGAGGAGAAUGUUCCCCUCUAUCCGAGUGAAAGUACACAAUCUGGAUCCGUUUCAGCAAUAUUAUAUCGCCAUGGACAUCAUGCCUGUGGAUUCAAAACGAUAUAGGUAUGUGUAUCACAGCUCGCAAUGGAUUGUGGCUGGAAACACAGAUCAUUCACUUAUCGCCACCCGUUUGUACAUACAUCCCGACUCCCCAUGUUCAGGAGAGAAGUGGAUGCAACAGGUGAUCAGCUUUGACCGUAUUAAACUCACCAACAAUGAAAGAAAUGAGAGUGGCCAUAUCAUCCUGCAGUCCAUGAACAAGUACAAGCCACGCAUACACAUUACUAUGCACAGCCCUCAUAUCGACCUGUCACAGAUCCAUCCAUCACUGCCAGCAGAAGGCGUGCACACUUUUACCUUUCCUGAGACUCAGUUUACCACUGUUACAGCCUAUCAGAACCAACAGAUAACAAAAUUGAAGAUUGAGAGAAAUCCAUUUGCGAAGGGCUUCAGGGACUCAACACGAAACAGGGGUUUAUUGGAUGGGAUUCUGCAUUCAUACCCAUGGCACAGCCCUUUCAAUCUUGAUUUCAAACCUUUUGCUGUGGAGCUGCAAGGCAGUUGUGAAUCUUCAGCAAGUCUCUGCAUCACUUCAACGCUAAAAGCCUUUUUGCCCAACCCCUGCUCUACAGCAGCCAAUCCCAUCACAUCAGGUCCAAAAUGCUUUCCUUCAAGGAAUGUUCUCACAUACAGAGCCUACUGCAACCCCGGCCUUGAUAGGCUCAGUGGUUACAUGGGAUUGCAUCCCCUGUUAGACCUUCCCUGCAAGUCUAUGAUGCAGGUAAAUCCUGCAAGAUUCUUUGAGGACAGAUCUUCCCGUGCUUCUUUUCCCACAUAUUUACACCAGCUACACCUCUGGAGACUGUCAAGCUCAGAAUAACAAAAUGUCAUCGGCCAUUUAUUCUCCACACCUAUAUACAGUAUUAAAGAGAUAGUUUACC